AAAUGACAAACGCGAUGAGGUCAUCAAGACCAGUAGUAGCACUGGGUCAGAGUCUAUCCAAUCUAAUCCCCAGGCCACUAUUGGCCCAUCCCGUCUCUGUCUUAACUCGCCCCCAAUCUCAGCCAUUACUCUCUCGCCCACAAACCUUCAGCUCAACAGCACCAGAGGGGAGAGACUUCUGAAUCUUCCGACUCCUCCUGCAGCACGCUUCCGCCAUGGCGUUCCCAGUCGUUGACGCCGAUUACCUCAAGGAGAUCGACAAGGCCCGCCGCGAUCUCCGCGCUCUCAUCGCCUACAAGAACUGCGCCCCGAUAAUGCUCCGUCUGGCUUGGCACGACGCCGGGACGUACGAUAAGAGCACCAAGACCGGCGGCCCGAAUGGCUCCAUAAGGAACGAUGAGGAGUUGGCUCACGGUGCCAAUAGCGGCCUGAAAAUCGCCCUUAGUUUCUGUGGUCAGGAAGUGAAGGCCAAGCGUCCGAAGAUUACUUACGCCGACCUGUUUCAGCUUGCUGGUGUUGUUGCAGUUGAGGUAACUGGAGGUCCAACCAUUGACUUUGUCCCCGGUAGGAAGGAUUCAAAAGUUUCCCCCAAGGAAGGGCGACUUCCGGACGCCAAACAAGGCUCGCCGCAUUUGAAGGAUGUAUUCUACAGGAUGGGUCUCUCUGACAAGGAAAUUGUGGCACUAUCAGGUGGCCAUACUCUGGGAAGGGCACAUCCAGAGAGGUCAGGCUUCGAUGGCCCUUGGACCAAGGAGCCAUUGAAGUUUGAUAACUCAUACUUCGUGGAGCUGCUGAAAGGUGAGACUGAAGGACUAUUGAAACUUCCAACUGACAAUGCCUUGUUGGAUGAUCCUGCUUUCCGUCCCUUUGUUGAGCUCUAUGCAAAGGUGGCCAUACUCUGGGAAGGGCACAUCCAGAGAGGUCAGGCUUCGAUGGCCCUUGGACCAAGGAAGCCAUUGAAGUUUGAUAACUCAUACUUCGUGGAGCUGCUGAAAGGUGAGACUGAAGGACUAUUGAAACUUCCAACUGACAAUGCCUUGUUGGAUGAUCCUGCUUUCCGUCCCUUUGUUGAGCUCUAUGCAAAGGACGAGGAUGCUUUCUUCAAGGACUAUGCAGCGGCACACAAGAGACUCUCCGAACUAGGCUUCACCCCAGCCUCCUCGGCUUCCAAGGCAACGGCCAAAGACGGCACCGUUCUGGCCCAAAGCGCUGUCGGAGUAAUUGUUGCUGCUGCAGUGGUGAUCUUGAGCUACCUGUACGAAGUCCGCAAGAGAGGCUGAUAAUAAAAUAUAAGUAGACCGACCGACCGACCGACCGACCAGCUAGAACAGGCCUUUUCCAUUACACUAAUAAUUCCUAUCCUAGCUACACGUUUCUUUACCUGAUAUGUGACUCAAAUAAACUCCGUAUUCUCUCCGGUAGCUUCAUAUUCAAGCCCCAAGUUGAAUUGAAUCACAUGCAGAUGCAAUGCACUUUGGGUUUUCAACUGUCUUUGUAUAAAUAUCCAGAAAGAACAACUGGCAAGCAGAAUCACAACUCGGACUCGGAGCGUGUAUCUGUCAAUGCCGCUACCUAAUUCCCAUGUGGGUGAAACCGCAACUCCCUCUGUGUAGGCUGUAGAUUGCAGGACCGCGCAUUACCUAACCUUGUUUAGCAUGGUGGCAAUAAUAAGUUGCAGUCGGAUGGUGCCGUUUGUGAUCUCAUCAUGCUUGCAUUUAUUUAUAUUUGUAAAAAUGCUUCUGAGAUUCUCAGCAAAGAAAAUAACAAAAGUGUAUUCGAGUGCAGCUAACCAUUGUGCAGUCUAUAAUCUCAACUAGUGGAUGUGUACAUUAAUAUAGUUAGCUAAAUUUUGUUUAAUACAAUGUAGGUAGUACUGGUACGUGUGAUUAAUGCAUUUAUAGUACCUCAUGUUCUCGUAG